GCCAGCAUGACUGGGUGCAAUGCCUCCCAGGGCCAUCCCUCUUUCUUCCUUCUGCAAGGCAUCCCUGGGAUGGAGGACAAACACAGAUGGAUCUCUAUCCCCUUCUCUUCUAUGUACUUUGUCACCAUCCUUGGGAACUGCACCAUCCUCUUCACCAUCUCCACAGAGCGCUCCCUGCACAAGCCCAUGUUCCUGCUCCUUGGCAUGUUGGCUCUCACGGACCUGGGCAUGUCCACAACCACCGUCCCCAAGGUGCUGUGCAUCUUCUGGUUUGGCCAGAGUGACAUCAGCUAUGAGGGCUGCCUGGUCCAGCUGUUCUUCAUCCACUCCAUCUCUGCCUUGCAGUCUGCCAUCCUCAUGUCCAUGGCCUUUGACCGCUAUGUGGCCAUCUGUGAGCCCCUGUGCUAUGCCACCAUCCUGUCCAACAGCCGCGUUGGGCUCAUUGGCCUCAUAAGUCUAGUGAGAGCCAUCCUGCUCAUUCUCCCCAUGCCCAUCCUCCUCCAGCAGAUGCCCUUUCGUGCCAAGCAUGUCAUCCCCACCACCUACUGUGAGCACAUGGCUGUGGUGAAGAUGGUGUGUGUGGACACCACAGUCAACAGGGUGUAUGGUCUGGUGGUGGCCUUGUUGGUUGUUGGGGUAGACAUCUCAGCUAUUGCCUCAUCUUAUGUGCUGAUCAUCCGGGCUGUAAUGCGGCUGUCUUCUAAGGAGGCCCACCAAAAAGCAGUAAACACAUGCACCACACACAUCUGUGUCAUGCUUAUCUCUUACACCCCCUCACUGUUUUCUUUCCUCACUCACCGCUUUGGCCGGUGGAUUCCACCCCAUGUGCACACCAUUCUUGGCAGCCACUACUUCCUUGUACCUCCAAAGCUCAAUCCUAUUAUUUAUGCAGUGAAAACCAAGGAGUUUCAGGACAAAUUGACCAAAUAUGGGUGCUGGAGGAUGGAGCCCAUAAACAUUACCUAUGGUCAGAAACCUGUCUGA